GGUGGCGAGACAGUCGCGCGCUUCCUGUAUGCUGGGUGCGAUUUCCGGUGUGGCCGCAGCAGCAUCAAGAUGACCAAGCUGCAGCUGCUGAACGCCUACCUGACGGAGCGGCUGGCGGCGCUGGUGAAGGAGGUGCUGGACGUGGUGGAGGACACGGUGGCGGAGUACCGCGAGGAGACGGCGCGCACGCGGCGCGAGAACGAGAGUCUGCGGCGGCAGCUGCGGGACAUCCUGCUGCUGGAGGCCGAGACCGAGUGGCUGAGAUCCACCAGGUCCAGUUUGGGUUUUGCGUCUCCUGAGCAGCCCGGUGAGCCGGACCACAGGCCCCGCCCAGAAGAGCCUGACUCCACCCUCCACCAGCCCCGACCGCCCCCCGCCGACAAAGCUGCGCAGGAGCAGCAGCUGCAGAGGGAGGUGGCGCCGGCCGCUCCCCCCGCGGAGCAGGAGGUGCUGGACAGGACCUCACCUGUGCCCCCCCACCCCUCCCUAUGUCCUCCCCCCGCCUGUGACGCUGCGGCGCUGAGGGAGGAGCCGCGGGGAGCGCCGCCGGCUCGAGUGAAAACAGAACCUCACGAGGAGAACGUUCUCUCAGAGGAGGGGGAUCCGCCGGCGGAGGAGGAGCCCGGCUUCAGCGGGGCGGAGCCAGCCCGGCCGCCGCCCCUCGACGUGGGGUUCAUCCCCGAGCUGGUGCACCGCUGCCCCCGCUGCGGCGACGCCUUCGCGCAGGCGGCCGGCCUGCGGCUCCACCUGGAGCAGAAGAGGAAGUCCUACGCCUGCGACUGGUGCUGCAAGUCGUUCGCGCAGUCGGCCGAUCUGCGGCGCCACCUGCGCACGCACACGGGCGAGCGGCCGCACCGCUGCACCUUCUGCUCCAAGAGCUUCAGCCAGAGGGGGAACCUGCGGCGCCACCUGCGCAUCCACACCGGCGAGCGGCCGUACAGCUGCCCGUUCUGCUGCCGCACCUUCAGCGACGGCGACACCAUGAAGAAGCACAAGCGCACGCACGCGGGGGAGCGCACGCACCGCUGCGCACAGUGCGCACGCACCUUCGCCAGUGCCGGCGGCCUGCAGCUGCACUUCAAGAAGGACUCCUGCUUCGUGGCCAACGCCUGACCCGGGGGUCCGGUUCUGGUCCGGUUCCCUCAAACCCGACAGUCUGAGCCGACAGCUCGCCGUGACCCCCACGUCAGGAUCAGGAGCUUGAUCAACCGAUCGGCGUUCUGAUCCGAGUCCACAGACUGGAGGAAGCGCUUACGGUCCAGAACCGUCUCCAUGGCGCCCCUGCUGGAGGUCAGCCCAACUGCAGCCCAACUCUGAGGCGGUCCGCUCCAGCAGAACCGCCUGAACAGAACUGUUCUGCAGAGGAGAACCCAAAGCUGAACAAUUUCAGAGGGAGAUUCGCGGAGGUUCUGGUUCUGAAGAAAGUUAGAAACUUUGAUCUCGGUGUUUGGUUCCUUCAGAGUUCUGCUGGUUCUGAUCAGAUCCUCUGCAUUAAACUGAAACAUGACUCAGGUUUACGGUCCAGAUUGUUUUUGUUUUAUGCAAAAGCCUCAAGGUUCUGGUCGCUCUGCCGGAGGUUUUUGGUGGACAAAACCAAACCUGUCUGGUGUUCUGGAGGAUCCUGAUUGGCUGCUGUGGUCAUGUGACGCGUUCUCAGACGGUUCCUGCUUCAAACGACCUGCAGAUGAAGACAGAGAACACCUGAUCUCCAGGUGCUCCUUGUUCUCCUGCUGAGUGUUCAGGUCGACCUUCACGCUGCUGAAGAUCCGAGCAGCUUCUGUUCUGUGUCUGAUUUGUCCUAAACAUCAUCAGAACCAUCAGUCUGGGCUCUUCUGGAUCGGGUUCUGGUGAAUCUGUUUCUGUUUUGUUUCUCUGAAACAGAACUUUGACCGGGAGAAUAAAAUCAUUUCUAAACUAAAACCACAAGAAUUCAGAACCUCGGCGCGUCACAGGCUGAAGUUCUGUAAAGGGUCCAGCAGGGGUCCGCUCCGGUUCCUCUGCAGAACCUCUCAGGCUCCAGUAGGGGGCGCCGUGAACACACCUCCAGAUCUGUUGAUUGGGCUUCAGCCCUGGUUCUGGUCGCUCGGCUGGAGGUUCUUCUGCGGUGGGUAGAGAUGCAGGUCCAAAGGAACCAGAGAGUCUGAAAGUCCAAAUGUGGUCUGUGAAGCAGUACCAGCUGGAGCUGAAGAUCUGCAGAGAGUUGGGUCCAGAACCAGCAGAUCCACAUUCAUGUCCAGAGAGAGGAUCCUCUGAUGACGGUUUCUUCAAGACUCCAGUUCUCUUCAGGUUCUGUAGUCGCUGGUCUACAGACGACCACAGAACCUCCAGAGGAACCACCCACCCGCAGAUCUGUGGAUCAGGUCUGUGAUUCAGAUCCGAUCCACAGAUCGGAAUCUUCUGAUGUUCUGCAUCUUCAAUAAAGGAAAACCAGCAUCA